AUGAGUAGGAAGAUAGAGAAAAUGGCAUCGAUUGAUGCACAGCUGAGGCUGUUGGCGCCUGGGAAGGUUUCUGAGGAUGAUAAGCUGGUGGAGUAUGAUGCUCUGCUUUUGGAUCGUUUUCUUGAUAUUCUCCAGGACUUGCAUGGGGAGGAAAUCAGAGAAACGGUUCAAGACUGUUACGAGAUUUCCGCAGAGUAUGAAGGGAAACGUGACCCGCAGAAACUGGAAGAGCUCGGGAGAGUUCUCACUAGUUUAGAUGCUGGGGACUCUAUUGUGGUUGCGAAAUCUUUCUCCAACAUGCUUAACUUAGCUAACCUUGCCGAAGAAGUUCAGAUUGCAUACAGACGCAGGAUUAAGUUAAAAAAGCGUGACUUUUCUGAUGAGGCAUCAGCCACAACCGAAUCUGACAUUGAAGAGACUCUAAAGAGGCUGGUGGGACAAUUGAACAAGACCCCACAAGAGGUUUUUGAUGCUUUGAAGAAUCAAACAGUAGAUUUAGUACUAACAGCUCAUCCUACUCAGUCUGUUCGUAGAUCUUUGCUUCAGAAACAUGCAAGAAUCCGUGACUGUUUGACUCAGUUAAAUGCAAAGGAUAUCACCCCUGACGAUAAGCAGGAACUUGAUGAGGCAUUGCAAAGAGAGAUACAAGCUGCAUUUCGCACGGAUGAAAUUAGGAGAAAUCCUCCGACUCCCCAAGAUGAGAUGAGAGCUGGAAUGAGUUACUUCCAUGAGACCAUAUGGAAGGGAGUGCCGAAAUUCUUGCGGCGUGUUGACACUGCUUUGAAAAACAUUGGAAUAAAUGAGCGAGUUCCUUACAAUGCCCCGCUUAUUCAAUUCUCUUCCUGGAUGGGUGGGGAUCGUGAUGGCAAUCCAAGGGUAACUCCCGAAGUUACAAGAGAUGUCUGCUUACUGGCCAGGAUGAUGGCUGCUAACCUGUACUUCUCACAAAUAGAGGAUCUCAUGUUCGAGCUCUCGAUGUGGCGUUGCAAUGAUGAACUUCGCAUGCGUGCGGAUGAACUUCACAGGUCCUCAAAAAGAAACGCUAAACAUUACAUAGAGUUUUGGAAGCAAGUUCCACCAAACGAGCCUUAUCGUGUUAUACUUGGAGACGUGAGGGACAAGCUAUAUCAUACACGUGAACGUGCUCGUCAAUUGCUAGCAAAUGGAGUCUCCGAUAUUCCCGAGGAGUCAACUUUCACCAACGUUGAAGAGUUUCUGGAGCCUCUUGAGCUGUGUUAUAGAUCGCUUUGUGCUUGCGGUGAUCGGCCAAUUGCUGACGGAAGCCUUCUUGAUUUUCUAAGACAAGUUUCCACAUUUGGACUCUCCCUUGUGAGACUUGAUAUCCGUCAGGAGUCAGAUCGGCACACCGAUGUUCUAGACGCUAUUACUAGGCACCUGGAGAUCGGGUCCUACCGAGAAUGGCCAGAGGAGCGCCGGCAAGAAUGGCUUUUAUCUGAACUUAGCGGCAAACGUCCGCUGUUUGGGACUGAUCUUCCAAAGACAGAAGAAAUUGCUGAUGUUUUGAACACAUUUUAUGUCAUUGCCGAACUCCCGUCAGAUAAUUUUGGUGCCUACAUAAUUUCAAUGGCGACCGCCCCAUCUGAUGUGCUUGCAGUUGAACUUUUGCAACGGGAAUGCCAUGUCAAAAACCCUCUGCGAGUUGUUCCGUUGUUUGAAAAGCUCGCUGAUCUCGAGGCCGCUCCUGCUUCCGUUGCUCGACUGUUUUCCAUAGAUUGGUACCGCAACAGGAUCAAUGGGAAACAAGAAGUCAUGAUUGGAUACUCAGACUCGGGAAAAGAUGCUGGACGACUUUCUGCAGCGUGGCAGUUAUAUAAGGCUCAAGAGGAACUUGUAAAGGUGGCGAAAGAAUAUGGAGUAAAGUUGACGAUGUUUCACGGCCGAGGUGGGACUGUCGGACGAGGAGGCGGCCCAACCCAUCUUGCCAUUUUGUCUCAGCCACCAGACACCAUUCACGGCUCUCUUCGUGUCACUGUUCAAGGAGAAGUUAUUGAGCAGUCAUUCGGAGAGGAGCAUUUGUGUUUCAGAACUCUCCAGCGAUUUUCGGCUGCCACACUUGAGCAUGGAAUGCACCCACCGGUGGCACCAAAACCUGAAUGGCGUUCCCUAAUGGAUGAGAUGGCUGUUGUUGCCACGAAAGAAUAUCGCUCUGUGGUUUUCCAGGAACCUCGGUUUGUCGAAUACUUCCGCCGAGCAACACCCGAGUUGGAGUACGGUCGGAUGAACAUUGGAAGUCGUCCAUCGAAAAGAAAACCUAGUGGUGGAAUAGAAUCACUACGAGCAAUCCCAUGGAUAUUUGCAUGGACACAGACAAGAUUCCAUCUUCCCGUCUGGCUUGGGUUUGGGGCUGCAAUGAAACACGUUAUUGAGAAGGAUAUAAGAAAUCUGCAGAUGCUCAAGGAUAUGUACAGAGAAUGGCCUUUCUUCAGAGUGACUAUUGACUUGAUUGAAAUGGUGUUGGCAAAGGGAGACCCUGGAAUUGCUGCUUUGUACGACAAACUCUUAGUCUCGCCAGAUUUGUGGCCGUUUGGAGAGCAACUGCGGGCCAACUACGAAGCAACUCAGAACCUGAUCCUACAGGUUGCUGGACACAAGGAACUACUUGAGGGAGACCCCUACUUGAGGCAGCGGCUCCGACUCCGGGAUCCAUAUAUCACAGUCCUUAACGUGUGUCAAAUCUAUACCCUGAAGCGCAUUCGCGACCCCAGUUAUAAUGUAACUGUAGGCCCGCAUCUCUCGAAAGAGAUCAUGGAAAUGGACACGAGCAAACCAGCUGACGAACUGGUGAAGCUGAACCCUACGAGCGAGUAUGCUCCAGGGCUAGAAGACACACUUAUCUUGACCAUGAAGGGUAUCGCUGCCGGACUGCAGAACACUGGUUAAGCCCUCGGCAUCUUGCGUUAGUUGGAUGUGUUUAUGGUGGCUAUGUUAUAAGAGAACGGCAAGUUAUGUAUGUUUAUGGCUGUUAUGAAGAGUGCAAAACAGCAGUAAAAUAAAACUGUAACAUUAGUAUUUGGUAUUAUUAUAUAUAAGAAAUCUGUCAUUUUUAUUAUAUGGUAAUAGCUCUGUAUGAUUGGGAGAGGUUUGAGUGAAAUGCCUGAGGGGAAAUGGAACAAUGGUCUCAGGAGGUAAUAAUA